GCCGCUCCGACGCCCGCCUCGUCCUGCUCUGGGCCGGCGGGCCGGAGCAGCGCGCCGCGCUAGCGGGAGGGCUGCCUGCCGCGGUCGCGGCGGCGUUGGACAGCCUGCCGCAGCCUCCGGCGAGCCACUUCGUGCCUCGGCACCCGCCGGCGACGCGCGCCCAGUUCGAGGCGUGGGGGCGGGUGUGGCCGCUCGUCUUCCACCCCUCCGCCGCCGUCCGCGCGCUCGCCACGUGGCUGCCGGACCCGCCUCCCGCGCCUGCAGAGGUCGCGUGGAUGGAGUCGAUGAUGCGGCUUGCGAUCGCAAUGGCGGCGCGCUCCGCAAGCAGCGGUGGCCGCCCCGUCGGCGUCGCGAUCGCGAAACCAAUGGGCGAGCCGCUCGCCGCGUGCCCAGACGGAGUCACCGGCGGAGCUGCGUCGCGCGCCGCCACAGGGAACGGCGCUGCUGCAGCCGCCAGUGCAGCCGGCUCUGGCUGCGGCGCUGCUGGCACUGGCGGUGCAGCGUGUUGGCGCGUCACCGGCCUUGGCGGUGGGCAUAGCCCUUGCGGCGGCCCUUGUCUUGGCAGAGGAGGCGAGGCGGCGUGUUUGCGCGAUGGCAGGCUGGGAGAGGAGGCGAGGCUUGGGGAGGCGGGAAGGGCGGAGGAGGAGGCGAAGCCCCACCCGCUGCGGCACGCGAUCAUGGUUGGCGUGGCGACCGUCGCGCGAGCGCAGGUGGAGCGGCGGCGCUGCGCGGCGGGCGGCAAGCGUGGCGCCGGCGAGGCCGAGUCGGGCCCGGGGCGCUGUUUGGACGGUCCGGAUCAGUACUUGUGCAACGGUUGCGACGUCUUCGUCACAGUGGAGCCGUGCCCGAUGUGCGCCAUGGCGCUCGUGCACUCGCGUAUCCGGCGGCUCGUGUACGCGCUGCCCGCCCCCGGCGGCGCGUGCGGCUCCGCGUACCGCGUCCACACCAUCCCGUCCAUCAACCACCACUACCAGGUCGUGCGCGGCUUGCUGCGCGACGAGGCGGCGGAGGCGCUCGGGCUGACCGGCCCGGCGGCCUCCGACCUCAAGCCGGGAUGAGGCGGGCGUGUG